UGGCCGGAUUGUCAGGAUGCGAAGCAUUAAUUGCACACUAAUGCCUCCCGGGACAGGCAGCGCGAGCUUAGCCUGCCGAGCUUGACGUAUCAGGGCGCACCUCGUCCUGCAAGUCAGCCAAUCAAGUAAUUCUUCCCGUCAGCGUCCAAACCAAGCUAAUGUACUGCGAGCGACGUAGUUGUACAUGACUAUGGUGUGCGGUGUAUUUUUGCCCUAAAAGUAUUUCUUCGGAAACGUAUUACUCAAAUUACUCUCACAUUUGAAGAUUUAAGAUCCAUUGUCAGCACUUGCCAUGCUCCCGGCACAUAUCCUUGAGAUCUGGGCCAUUCUGCUCGUCAUCCUAGCCACAAUCAUCGUCAUGACCUUCCUGCUGGCGUGCCCAGCAGCUUCCGUCGUUAUCUACAGGAUUCGGACUAGCCCCAGCAGGCCCGUAAAUUCCUGAUGCUUAAAACGGAAACAACUGAAUACAGGCUUGCGUGCCGCGUCACGUGCUUCUGCCUGGAUGGGAUGAGGGCCAAGUGGAAAGAGGUCCCCAACCUGACAGCGUUGGCCCGAUUCUGAAUGACUGCACGAAAAGAAGGUUUACUGCCCUGUCAGCACGCACGGUCAUAUUCUUAUACAAUCUGUAUUUAAUUCUUUUGUUAUUAUUGUGACCAUGAAGCCUUUUAAUAUGUUAAUGGACGGAAACACUACUCAGCAAGUGCCAAUGUGUAUUUACAUAGUGAUAUUAUGCGAAGUAACUUAAAAUGUCUUAAGAAGAUGACAUUUAGGCCUAUCGCACCUAAUUAAAAGACUAUAAAUACUGCUAACUGGAAACAGUAUUCAAACAGGAAAAGCAUAAAAUAAAGUAAAAAAUAAUCAGUCCUCUGCUUUGUGAAAGUACUUUGCAGUACUAAACCCAAACUAUUUCAAAUGCUCGAGCAAGUCUGGUAUCCUGAGAUAAUGUUCUGGUCGUCAUUAAGUUGUGACAAGCUUUGCAUUUGGACUUCAGCUAGCUGAGCGGAGGUGGGACAGCCUGCUUCCCCAGUGUCUGCCACUCGACCAUUAUCGCUGUUUUCACAGCUGUUUCCAUUUUGAGUGCUCUGAUGUGUGAAGUCACAUUUAACUCAUUUUGUCAUUUUCAAGUCAUUCCACGCAUUUUUCCUGUUAAGUAAACAUUAAAGCAGUUUAAUCAAGGUGUGUAUUUUUCACAGUGAAUGGACCAUUCGUGGUGUACAUAGGCAUUGCAAACAAAAUUCACAAAUAUGUUUAAUCUCCAAAGUAUGUAGUUCAGCAGCAGCUACAUGAAACGAUGUAUGAUUACAAUUUGUGGUUCAACUUCUGAAAACAAGAUUUUUUUUUAUACUCUGUGAAUGUAUUAUAUUCUGAUUGAAGCAGUUGCAUAUUUUAUACAUGAUGGCAAGUUGACUAAAGUCAAGCAUUUUGUUAAAUGGAAACACUUCAGUAGUAUUACAUCAUUUUGUACACUUGAUUUUUAAGUGAAUGUUGCAAGUAGUCAUCUGUUUAUUAAAAAGAUGUUACAAUGUU